GUCCUUCAGUCAUCUGCCCGAAAAUCAUCGUCCGGCAAACAAUAUCACCUCGUGAUCUGCCCAGAAGUAGUCAUCUAGCCGAAAUCAUCUGGCCGGAAGUUAUUCCUUUCCUUCACUUUCAUUCUUCGUUGGAUGGAAUCAUCUUAGCCGAAAUCAUCUUUUACAAGGUCCAUGUCGAUUCAAACUGUGUUCAAGAAACUCUAACUAACCAUCUUUGUGUCGCUUCUCCGUCCCUUUGGUCACUGUUGGAGUGUUCGAGUGGUGGGUGGUGGUGGUGUUGGUACAGAGGUACGCUCUUACAAUCUGGAGUUCUCUAUUCGAGCGGAGGGGCAACUUGCGAACGCUCGAAUCGGCCCCUCAUACACAACGGCGGUAAGGGAAACCCUCCACGACCGUCGCCUGCAUCCUCAACUGUGCCUAUUCUCCGAUGUUCAAUUUCUGGAACCACAGGUCAAGCAACUUGCGCCCCAGCGGUAUCUUUCUCUGAAGACGACGCCCAGAUGAUGGUGUCACUGGUAACCAUACGAGUGUUGCCCCUACUGUUGGGAAUGCUUUUCCAGAUUGUGCUAAGGAACUGGCUACUCUUAUUAUGGCCAAUGACGAAUUUCGAGAGACUCAGGCGUCUGCAGUCCAUGACUCUGAUGUUAUGGUAACCCGGGAUGAGCCCCCGGUGGCUACCUGUAAUAAGGCGGUAACUGAUGGCAUUGCUCAUCCCCUUUUGACAGUAAACGCUGAACUGAAUGAUGCUCACAGUGAUCUUGCUUCUGCUGACAAUGUUGUUAAAUGGAAUUACCUGGAAAUGAUGAUGUCCAAUCUGAUCCAACGCAUAAUAUUAUCUCAAUUGCCCAUUACUUAUCCCAUGAUGAUAAUCUAUCUGAGGAAGAUAUGAGGAAAACCGUGCUUUUGUUCAGACAGUUUCAGAUCCUGUUCAAAAUCCCCCGUGCUUUUGAGGGACUUCAAUUUUGAUUCAUGUUUUUUAUUUUUGAAUAAUUUGUAUUUCUAAUCAAACGCUAUUCUUAGUUGUAAUGAUAUGAAAACAUAUCUUUUGGGUUUGAUCGGACAUUUGGACCUAUUAUAUUUCCUUUAAUCCUCACAUAUUGCUCUCAAACGUUAUGCCCUUAUCAUACUAGGUGUUUUUUGUGUGAGGUCUCAUUCAUUCAUUUAUGUCAUUCUGUGAUAAGGUAUUCUGGUAUGACGCAGGAAGCCUUUGCAGAGAAGUUCCCAGUUUGUCUGAAAAACUUCAAUUGCAAAUCAUGUUUACGGAGUUGAAAGGUAUAAAAGUUGAAUACAACAAAGACGAGCGUGUCGAGUACUCUAAGUAUAUCUUGCUGGUGCUUUUACCUGUCUUGAGACAAUACAAUGCACAGCAAAUAAGGGAGAAGGAGACUGAAGCAUUGAUUCAAGGUAGCUCUUUUGUUUGUUGAAGUUUCACUUUCUUAUCUACAUGAUGCCUUGAUGCUUAUGAAACUAUAGAAGAAAUGAAUGGGAACUUUAGGCGGGUGUAAGCAUAUGGAGCUAGGGAUUCUUUCCCACAUACCAGAGGUUAAAGUAUCCCUUAAUGAAGGAUAAAUAAAUUGACAUAAUUACAAUGAAAAUAUCUUCUAACGUAAAUGUUUGAAGGAGUCACAUCUUCGAACGUAAAGGUGCAAAAGGUAAACUGCUCAGAUAGUGAAAGAAUGUACUGGUACGUUCAGCUUUUUAUGGUCUAUUUAGCUCACUCCUACAAGCAUGUUUUAUGUCUUUGUUCAAGCAUUUAUAUAGUCACAUGGUGUCUGCAGUGACAUGUGUAAAACAUAAUUUUUUUAUUUUCACCAGACUACCGGAGCUCAGGGGCGGAUCUACAUAGUCAUUAGUGGGGGCAGCUGCCCCCAAACAAAGGUCCAGUAGUGCCACAUAAACUAGCAGGAAAAAAGUUAGUUUAUACAUUUGCUCCCAAUUAGAAAAAAGGAUUUCCCCCCCAUAAGUGUAGAGUUUAAUGGCUCAACCCAGUCCUAACGUAAAUAAUUCCAGAGUUCCAUUUUUCAUCAUAGAUUAAUAGGGAAGGUAAACUGACAGAAAAUAGAUUUUUUAAAUCCCCAAAGAAAAAGGAAAAAGUUGAGUUAUGAGAAGUGAAAACGAUAAAAAGAAUUACCAUUUACCGAGAAGUGCAAGAACUAAGCCAUUAAAUUUAAGCUGGGUUGAGUUACUCUGCAAAGAUUUGAAGAGUGUUGGUGUAAACUGUAAGGUAGAUAACUGUAGUUUGAAGAAGAAAUAUGGCAACAACAAAAUAAAAAACUCAUUGUUACUGUGCAGAGAAUUGAAGAGUGUUACUGUUUUCUUACUUGCUCAUUGUCCAAAGCAUACCUAGCAGGCUAGCAUGAAAGAAAGUUGUUUGAUACUGUAUAUUGUUCUAAUAAUUAAGUGACAUUCUGAUAUAUCAAAUCUUAUUUUUCUAUUUUAAUCUAUCGUUUGACUAACCAGUUCUCAUUUUAUAAUUUACUUCAUUAUGUAGGAUGCUUAUGUGAUUUUAGUAUUUGUUUACUCUAUCAUGAUUUUUAAUUAUUUCAUGUCUAUUAUUUCAACAGAGAUUGGUUUGAGUGAAUUGAGCUUGAACCUUGGCAGUUCUGGCAUUCCUUACUUUUAUGGAUCAAUUAAGUUGGCAUUUUGUGAAUUCUUUUCAGCUAUUCUGAAUGUUAACCUUUCAGGUAGUUUCUGGCCUUUUGCUCUUAUACAUGUCAAACUUGUUAUUGCAGAGCAGAAUUUGAGCACACAUUAUUAUUGCUCUCGAUGAUGUCGUAAAAACCACAACCACAUGUUUAAAAGAUGAGGAAGCAAUGUAUCGAACUCUUCAAUAAACGCGACUCGGGGGGUCAAGCAGGAUCAACAUUGGCUCUGUAUGCAAUGGUUCAUAUUUCAUAUGAAUUGUUGUGAUUGGGUGGCUCCUUUACACCACACUGGGAAAUCGUGAGUGGCCUUGCCCUACCACGCCCAUAUUUGAAAAAGCUCAAACUGCAAUGUCGUUUAAGGUCGAAAGCCCUCCUCAAUCUCAUGCAACAUAUCCUCUUCCGUGGCCAAAAAAUAGGGAUCGAGAAUUGGAUGGUAAUGCGUAUAAAGCAAAUUUUUGUUGGAAGGGUGAUUUCUGCCAUGUUUCUUUCCUUUUUUAUUUUAGUUUUUGUACAUAACUUUGACAUUGUUUUUUUUAUCUGCAUUGAGUUGUAUUUAAGGUUAAAUGUGUUGAAGUGGAAGUUUUUUAUUCUGUGAUUCAUUUAUCCAAGUUAAUGCUAAAAUAUUAAAAUUUACUUG